CCCCGCUCGGCAGCGCGCUCUCCCCGCCGCGGCCCGGCCCCAGCCGCCGGGGCCCGGCCCAGCUCCGCGGGGCCAUGGCCGAGUGGGCGCCCGCCCAGGUGCAGGAGUGGAACGUGGAGCCCCCCCACCUGAUGCCGCUGCAGCCGCCGCUGCUGCCCGAGCGGGCGCACGUGCGGGAGGCACAGCUGCACUCCGCCGAGGCCUCGCUCUGGACCGUGGUGGCCACGGUGCAGGCGAUGGAGAGGAAGAUCGACCUCCUGGCCACCCGCCUGCUCAGCCUGGAGGGCCGCUCCGGCACGGCCGAGAAGAAGCUCCUGGACUGCGAGAAAACCGCCAUGGAGUUCGGCAACCAGCUGGAGAGCAAGUGGGCCGUGCUGGGCACCCUCAUCCAGGAGUACGGGCUGCUGCAGCGGCGCCUGGAGAACGUGGAGAACCUGCUGAAGAACAGGAACUUCUGGGUGCUGCGCCUGCCCCCCGGCCCCCGGGGAGAGGUGCCCAAGGUGCCGGUGACGUUUGUUGACAUUGCCGUCUACUUCUCGGCGGAGGAGUGGAAGAAUUUGGAGGAGUGGCAGAAGGAGCUGUACAAUAACCUGGUGAAGGAGAACUAUGAGUCUUUGAUCUCCCUGGCAGACGCAGCCCUGGCCAGGAGCGACGCGCAGCCCCGGCUGGAGCGCGGGGAGGUGCCCUGCGUCCCCGAGCAGAGGGACCUGGAGCCACGGGAGCUGCCGGCGGACGCCUGCGCGGAGCCGCUGAUCUCCACCUCCGACAUCCUGUCCCGGAUCAAGCAGGAGGUGGCGUUCGUGGGGGAGCAGCAGUUCGGGGAGGACCGGGGGAUGCCCGCGGACCCCUGUGCAGGUGCUGACGCCCUGAUCACGGCGCACGACUUCUUGUCGUGGAUCAAGCAGGAGGAAGAGCCGUGCGUCAGGGAGCCCUGGGAGCUGCCGGAGAGGGAAAUCCUGACCGGUCCCGGCCCCGCCGGCGAGGGGCUGAUGGUGAAGACGGAGGAGCGGUGUCCCCGCGCCGAGCCCCCAGAGGAGGUGCUGCCGGGUGCCUCCGCGGAGCUGCUCUUCCCGGGCUCGGGCUUCGGGAGCCCCGAGGGACAGGCAGCGGUGGCCGCGGGAGCCCUGCCCGCACAGCACAGACUGGGCAAAGCCCUGGGUGCGGAGCCGGGGCCGGGGGCUGAGCCCGGGGGGGUCCCGGCUGCGGCGGCACCGUCCGAGGAGCGCCCUCACGGCUGCGCCGAGUGCGGGAAGAGCUUCAGCGGGAAGAAGAGCCUGCGGAUCCACCAGCGGAGCCACGCGGCCGAGCGCCCUUACCCCUGCGCCGAGUGCGGCAAGAGCUUCAACUGCCACUCGGGGCUGGUGCGGCACCAGAUGAUCCACCGCGGCGAGCGGCCCUACAAGUGCGCCGAGUGCGGCAAGUGCUACAGCCGCAAGGAGCACCUGCAGAACCACCAGCGGCUGCACACGGGCGAGCGGCCCUUCGUCUGCGCCGCCUGCGGCAAGAGCUUCAUCCGCAAGCAGAACCUGCUCAAGCACCAGCGCAUCCACACGGGCGAGCGGCCCUACCAGUGCCCGGCUUGCGGCCGCAGCUUCCGCUACAAGGAGUCCCUCAAGGACCACCAGCGCGUGCACGGGGCCGAAGCGGGACCCCCGCCGCUGCCACCCCCCGGAUUGCCCCCCGGGGUCGCGCCACUUGUGCUUGAGGUCGUCGAUGGAGCGCUCGGUGUAGCCCAGGAAGUUGACGCGGCUUUGGAUUUGGGUCCAGAGCUGCUUCCGCCGCACAGGGGCCUCAGUGAGCACCGUGGGGCCCUGGCAAAGGCCUUGGCCAUGGUGAACCCCUCGAGUCCAUCAAGGGAGCCUUGGAGCUACGGCAAAGUCCUUGGCCAUGUCAAGCACCUCAAGGCCAUGGCAAAGACAAUAGCGAAGGCCAUGGCCACGGCCCGCCGCUCCCCCCCCCCCGCCGCCCCCCGCCGCCGGGCCAUGGCCGACUGGGCCCCCGCGCAGGACCUGGAGUGGGCCAUGGAGCCCCAGGAGCUGGCGCUGGAGCAGCCCCUGGCAGCCCCCGAGGAGGGCCCCGGCGGCGAGGCCGAGCUGCAGGCCGCCGAGCUGUCCCUGACGCUGGUGACCGAGGUGCAGGCGGUGGACAGGAAGGUGGACGCGCAGGCGGCGCAGCUGAUGAACCUGGAGGGCCGGAUGCGGAUGGCCGAGACCAAGCUGAUCGGCUGCGAGAAGACGGCCGUGGAGUUCGGCAACCAGCUGGAGAGCAAGUGGACGGCGCUGGGCACCCUCAUCCAGGAGUACGGGCAGCUGCAGAAGCGCCUGGAGAACAUGGAGAACCUGCUGAGGAACAGGAACUUCUGGAUCCUGCGCCUGCCCCCCGGCGCCAAGGGGGAGGUCCCCAAGGUCCCCGUGGCGUUCAGUGACGCUUCAUUUAGCUUCUCGGAGGAGGAGUGGAAGAACUUGAACGAGUGGCAGAAAGAGCUUUACAGGCAUAUCAUGAAAGGCAACUACGAGGCCGUGAUCUCGAUGGACACUGCCAUUUCAAAACCUGACCUCCUGUCGCGGAUUGAGCAAGGAGAGGAUCCCAACGCUGAGGAGCAGGAUGACUCUGAGGGAGGAGAAACUCCCACGGAUCCCAGCACUGAGUUUUCCUUUCCCGGUCCCGAUGACAGCUCGUGGGGUAAAUACGAAGAGACUCUGGCUGAAAGUCACGACGGCUCCGAGGAAGAGGAGAGCAUGGAGGCCCCCAGUACAUAUGCACAGCAGUGUGAUGAGGAAGGUCCUGACAGCCUUGAGCUUCCUAGCUCGUUAGCAGGAAAGUGGGAAGAUGUUUUCUCAAACCCGGAGGAAGAGGUAAAGCCAAGCGGCAAGAGUCGGAGCGGAUCGACCCCGCAGCAGAGAGCCGCGACGGGCAACGGGCUGAGGCGCUCCGCUCGCCGCGGGAGAGACUUGGCAAAGAAGGACGCUCCCGAGGAAGCGGCCGCAGUGGAGGGGCCGUACAUCUGCUGCGAGUGCGGGCAGAGCUUCCUGGACAAGCAGCUCUUCGCUGCCCAUCAGAGAGCGCACGCGGGUGAGGAAGCCUGCACUUCCCUGGAGCCCGGGGAGAGCUUCAGGCAGAAAUCCAAAACCUCUCCGAAAGGCCAGGGCCCGUCCCGCUCCAAGGCGUCCAAGCGCGCCGACUCGGAGAAGAGCUCCGCUUUCAAGUACGGCUUCGUCAGGCACCAGGCGAACAACAUGGUGGAGAGGCCGUACACCUGCUCGCAGUGCAAGGAGAGCUUCAGCCUGGAGGUGAGCCUCAUCUUGCACCAGAAGCUCCACACGGGGAAGGGUGACGGGCCGCUGACCUGCACCUACUGCGGGAAGGACUUCCGAGACCUCUCCAAAGCCAUCCGGCACCAGCGCAUCCACACGGGGGAGCGGCCGUACCAGUGCACGGAGUGCGGGAAGAGCUUCAUCCGGCGGGACCACCUGCUCAAGCACUGGCGGGUCCACACCGGGGAGACGCCGUACCAGUGCCCCGUCUGCGGGAAGCACUUCCGCUACAAAGAGUCUCUGAAUUGCCACCAGAAAAUCCACUCCCGCAACCCCCGGCCCAUGGAGGAGUCGCAGCACAACUUGGAGUCGGCCACUCAGACGGGCCACUUCUGCCUGAAAAAAGAAACUAAGCAGGUGACAGCGCCAGCCUGUCCCCCCGGGGUGUCACCUCCCCGUCCCCAUAGCAACGGGGCUGCGCUGCCCCUUGUGUGUCCCCCCCCCCCCAAGUGUCACCUCCGUGUCCCCCUGCAGCAGGCCCUGCCUGUCCCAUGGGGCCCAGCCGUAAGCAGCUUAACAGGGUCAGCGCCCUGCGGGGACGCGGGGACGCGGGACGGGGACAUCGGCGCCACCCCGGGGUGGCUCAGCCCCGAGGGGGUCCCCCAGCGCCUCGGGGGGGGGGUCCCCAGGGCUGCGCCCGUCCCCGGUGACACCCGUCCCUGCCCGCAGGCGCCGGAGCCGGUGCUGCAGCCGCGCUGCCCCUCGCCCUUCCAGCCGCCCGCCGGCCCCGAGCGCACCUCGGAGCGGGAGACGCAGACGGCGGAGCUGUCCCUGACGGUGGUGGCGGCCGUGCAGGCGGUGGAGAGGAAGGUGGACUCCCACGCCACCCGCCUGCUGGACCUGGAGGGCCGGACGGGGGUGGCUGAGAAGAAGCUGAUCGACUGCGAGAAGACGGCGGCGGAGCUGGGGAACCAGCUGGAGAGCAAGUGCGCGGCGCUGGGCACCCUCAUCCAGGAGUACGGGCUGCUGCAGCGGCGCCUGGAGAACAUGGAGAACCUGCUGAAGAACAGGAACUUCUGGAUCCUGCGCCUGCCCCCCGGCAGGAAGGGGGAAGUCCCCAAGGUGCCGGUGACGUUCGACGACGUGUCCGUCUAUUUCAACGACAAGGAAUGGGAGAAGCUGGAGGAGUGGCAGAAGGAGCUGUACAAGAACGUGAUGAAGGGGAACUACGAGUCGCUGAUCUCCCUGGACUAUGCAAUUUCCAAACCCGGUGUUUUGUCCCAGAUCGAGCAAGGGGAGGAAUCGCGGGUCAGGAAUGAGCAGGACUUGGAGGAGAGCGAGAUCAUAACCGAUGCCACCGCAGCUGGCAUAAGGGUUGUGAUCAAAACGGAGGAGCUGCUUCCUGAGGACAGCCCCGAAAACCCAGAGCUGCACGGGAUGUCGGGACAGUCGGAGGGGAGCUUCCAGAGCCCGGACGAGGAGGCCGCCUGCGAGAGCCCCUACGGCUCCGUCUCCCCUCCGAGAGACCUCCCGGGCACCAGCCUGGGCGACCCCUCCGAGUACGUCGCUGACUUCAACGAGAUCCAGAGGGUCAUCGUGCACCACGGCAGCUGCACAGAGGACGGGAUCGUGAUCAAGACGGAGGAGGAGGAGGAGGAGGACGACCCGGACACGCUGGAGCCGUGCGCCAUGUUCUCGGGGCGGACCGAGCCGCCGGCCUUCCCCAACCACGAGGCCGGGCUGGGCUGCGAGGCGCAGUGCAGCUCCAAGGCGCCGCCGCGGAGCCUGGCGGCCGCCCGCGUGGGCAAGGCCCCCGCCUGCGAGAGGGACUCGGGGGAGAUGAAGCCGGCCACGGCCCAGCAGCGCAACCGGACGAGGGAGAGGCCCUACAUCUGCCCCGAGUGCGGCAAGAGCUUCAUGCUCAAGAUCAACUUCGUGAUCCACCAGCGCAACCACCUCAAGGAGGGGCCCUACGAGUGCCACGACUGCGACCUCAGCUUCCGCAACAAGCAGCAGUUCCUGCUGCACCAGCGCAGCCACACGCGCCGCGGCGUGGGGGUGCCCCGGCGCCCCGAGCACGGCCUCAAGCCCCAGCCGCGUCCCCCGCCCCCGGGGAAGCCCUACAAGUGCUCCGAGUGCGAGAGCAGCUUCAGCCACAAGUCGAGCCUCAGCAAGCACCAGAUCACCCACGUCGGGGAGCGGCCCUUCACCUGCGGCGAGUGCCGGCGGAGCUUCCGCCUGCAGAUCAGCCUCAUCAUGCACCAGAGGAUCCACGCCGGCAAGAGCGAGAUGGCCUUCCUCUGCCCCCAGUGCGGCAAGAACUUCACCCGGCCCUCCCACCUCCUGCGGCACCAGCGGACUCACACCGGCGAGCGGCCCUACCAGUGCAGCCAGUGCGAGAAGACCUUCAGCGAGAAGUCCAAGCUCACCAACCACUACCGCAUCCACACGCGGGAGCGCCCGCACGCCUGCGCCGUCUGCGGGAAGGGCUUCAUCCGCAAGCACCACCUCCUGGAGCACCAGCGCAUCCACACGGGCGAGCGGCCCUACCACUGCACCGAGUGCGGCAAGAACUUCACGCAGAAGCACCACCUCCUGGAGCACCAGCGGGCGCACACCGGCGAGCGGCCCUACCCCUGCACCGAGUGCACCAAGUGCUUCCGCUACAAGCAGUCCCUCAAGUACCACCUGAGGACGCACAUGGGAGAGUGAGGGGCUGCCACGGCUUCCUCUCCCUUCCCUUCCCUUCCCUUCCCUCCCUCCAGCCCUCCUCCUCCUCUUCCUCCUCCUUUGCUCAUCUCUCCCCACCCUCCCUCCAUCCCCCCCGGCUCAGGGCAUGGACAUCAAGGAAGCUUUGUGUGGUAGCGCCGCUGCUCUGGUGGAGACAGCUAGGCUGAUUGGAAAUAAAUUAAUUAAUUAAAGCAAGCAACGCGCGGCAAAAUUAAAAGAUUAUAUAUAUAUAAAAUUAACAGAAGCAGCUGACUUAGGGAGGAUCCUCACCAUCAACAACAACAGCAACAACAACAAAGGAAACCUGUACAGGGUGUUUUGCCGGAGUAGGACUCUUAACUGCUUUUUAAAUCUACUGUUUGGUUUUUUAAUAAAUGUGGAGGAACUUUUUAUUUGAUAAGCAAACUUAGGAUCGCCAAGCUAUAUAUAUAUAUAUAUUUUUUUUUUCAGUGCUCCGUAGGCUGAUUCUGGCACAGUCACUUUUGUCCAGGAGCUCUGCAGAGGUGCUGCUGCCCCGGCGAGGUGCUGCCUCCUCCCGGCUCUCGGGGCUGGCCGCGGCGGCACCGCGUGGCGGCAGGGAGCUCCGGCAGAUGCAGGCGGCAAGGAGGUUCUCUGUGUAUCUAGAUUUGAAGCGCUGAUAGGUGCCUGCCCGGCUCUCGGGGCUGUGACGCACUCAUGGAUUAUACAAUAGAAUAAAAUUCUAGUUCCAGUCAAA